AGCAUAUUGAAACGAGGCCGACCUACAACCAUUGGCAACCUACAAAAACAACAUGGAUGCUACUUUGGAUUUUGGCGAGUUUAGCUCCAAAUGAAUAUCAGAAAAAAAAUGAGCAGCAUCUCACGAUCCCGAGCUUUAUAUUUUUUUGGAAGUCACGCUGAGGAUUUUAGUUAAUAUGCAACAAGUUUUGAAUAAAUUUGGUCUAGAGGCCACAGAAAAAGUCGUCUGGCAAGGAUGGCAGCCAGGAGGAGAAUACACGAAGAACAUCACGUUAAAAAACGUCGACAUCAAAGCGAAAAAGCUACGAUACAAGAUUCCAACAAGUCGAUUCUUUACCACGAAAUACCCACAACCAAUUAUCCUGAGUUCAGGUACAAGCAUGACCUUGCCAAUCACUUUCAGGCCACUGGAAAAGAACAUGUAUAAGGACAAGAUUGUCUUUGAAACAAAGGAGGGAAAAUUUUCAGUGCCAAUGACAGCUGUUUUACCUGAAGCAGAUUUAUUACUUCAAGAAGUUAUUGACUUUGGCUUUUGUGCAGUGAGUGAUAAGCUACAGAAAACCUUUGAUAUUCUCAAUUACAGUGAACUUGAAGUGUCAUUCAAGUUGACUUUUUCCAAUCCCUUUGAUAUAAAGCCAAACAAGGGAUUCAUACAACCAAAUUCAAAAGCCACAGUUACAGUGUAUUUCAAACCUCAGGCUGCAUAUGUAUACCAGUGUGCCGCAUCCUGCAAAUUUGGCUCUGAUAAUGACAAAGGGCAAACAAAAAACUUUUUUCUUCAAGGCACAGGAAAAUAUGCUUAUCUAAUCGUGAAAUAUGGAGAACAAGUUGGUCAUGAUAUAAAUAUUGAUUUCAAAAAUGUUGCUGUGAAUACAAUGUCAUCCAAAAUAAUUGAGCUGGUAAAUCAAACUCCAGUCAAUGCACCAUUCCAAGUCAUUCAGCCGUCACUUGACACAUCAGUUGACAAAGCAUUUCACUGUUCGCAGUAUCACGGAAUUGUGCCUGGAAAUAGUUCUUUAAACCUGAAGAUUGCAUACACCCCAAGCAUCUACAGCGUACCCCAGGCUGACUCGUUUCAGAUACUGGCCCUUGGUGCCACAAGUUGCGGCAUCAUUAAGUGUAUAGGUCAAGGAAGAGGCCCAAGUGUGACACUAGAUGCUUCAUCCAUCAGUUUUGGCCUCGCUGACAUUGGGAAGGAAGUAACAAGAGCCUUUCAGAUUACAAAUCAUUCACUGGUUGACGCAGUGUUUCAGCUUCAAAUUGAUAAUGAUUUCAGCGUAUUUCAUAUGGAUGUCAAAAGCGGUAAACUGAAAAAAGGAACAUCCCAGACAAUCAAAGUUACAUUUGUGCCCGAAAAGCCCAUCAACUAUUACAGAAGGGUGAUCUGCCUCGUCCACAAUCAGGAUCCUCUUUAUCUGGAUCUCUUUGGUACUUGCCACUCAGAUCAAAUAACACCAGGAGUCCUGCAGAAAAAGCAUAUUGAAAGAUAUGACAUUCAUAAAACAAGGGGACUAUCACGCAUCUCUCCAGAGGAUUUGAGAAGUUGGUUGAAGGAUGAAAGAAUAUUUGUUGGGGAGGAUGGGUGUUUAGAAGUCAAAGAUGAUAUUUUAAAUGACGAGUUGGUAUUUUCAAAAGUAGAAGAUGGACCUAUGGAAGAAUUCUUCAAUGAUGGAACAGUUGACGAAUUGUCAACUACAGUGCCUCACAUCUGUGUUGAUGUUCGUUCCGUGGAAUUCUCGAGAUGCACUCCCGGACAAGUGUAUCAUAAGACAAUAAACGUCACCAACCAUACUCAAGGGAAAGUUUCUUGUAUAUGGAACUCGGGCAAGAAAGGCAACCCAUUCUCAGUCCAGCCAUCAGAGUCUGACAUUUUACCUCUGCAAAGCAUUUCCUUUAGCAUUAGAUUCAAGCCAACUGUUUCCGGGCAGUUCUUUUCUGCAGAGGUUGAGGGAUUUGCGUUCUAUAAGAGCAUGAGAGACCAUCGACUCGUGGAAGAUGCCACAAUGUGUCCUCCUUGGUGUUUAACAACAAUAGCUACAGGACAUACAUUUCCUCAAAAGAGUGAAACGUUUUUACCUGACUGCGAAUUCAACACGAGGAAUUUGAUAUUUUCACCUGUGACGACAAUCAACUCUUCAUACAAAACCUUGUUGUUAACUAACAACGGGAAGAAUCCAGUGGAUUUUGCUUUUGACGAAGACGAAUCAAGAGCCUUUAGUUGCAAACCAGCAAGAGGUCUUCUGCAAGAUCAGUUCCAGGUUAUAGUUUUCCGAUACACGCCCGAUGAUUAUGGGACUUGCACCAAAAGCCUCGCUUGCAGGAUCAAUGCUUCUGAAAAAUACACAAAGGAUAUAAAUCUUGCUGCAUCUGCUGAAAUCCCAGAUUUGCAAAUACAAGCCAAUGGAGCAGUUUACUUUCAACCCACCUACGUUGGUACGACAUCUGAACUGAAAGUUUCUCUAAAGAAUCCGUGCAGGAUUCCUUUACGCUUCGAAUGGAAAGUUCUUACAACCGACAAAGACCAACUUUCUGUCGAAAAUUCAAGUGGGAUAAUUUAUUCAAAUGAAGUACAGACACAUAAUUGGAAAUUUAAACCGAACAGAGAAGGCAAACAACUUUUUAAAGUGAGACUUGUUGCUUCUUCUCCCGACGGACAAUUUGAUACAGCAGCGAAGGCAAUUGUUCUUCGACUUAUUGGCGAAGGUCAAAUGGGCUCACUUUCUUGCUAUCCAGAAGAAUUAGAUCUUGGCAAUGUCGUUGUUGGCAUCACUGUUAGUAAAAGUGUGAGUCUUCAAAAUGAAAGUGACUGUGGAUUGCACUAUACCUUGGUGGUGGAUGAAACAGAAGUUGGAUCUUUCUCUGAGCAGAAUUUGCAUAAGGAUUCCAAAGCCUUAGAGUUGGGGGAGGCAAAAGGAUUCCUUCCUGCCCGAUCACGAAAAUCCGUCGAGUUUAAAAUUCAACCUACCAAAAGAUGCAAAUAUGUUUGCAAGAUUCUAUGCCAGCUCAUGUCCUCGAAAGAUACUGAAAGUGACAACGCGUCAUCCCAUAAAGCAGUUGAGCUUACAUGUCUUUGUACGGUCGUAGUCAAAGGUGUUUACCCAACCCUGGCAAUUAACGAUGUUAGAGGCUUAGGAUGUGUGCAAGGAUACAGUCGGAAGCGCCUGUGGAAUAUUUUAUCGAUAGAUAGGUUUAAUAGUUGUCUGGAUGCAGACCCUGGAUCACAAGAACUACUUUACAAAGUGCCAACCAGACACAGCACUAGACGUCGUAUGCCAGUGCACACCAGAGCGGUUUUAGACUUCAACUUUGGAUCAGCUCCUCAUCUAUCAGAAUCAUGCCAAGUAUUGAUCAAUUUGCAGAAUACUGGCAGUGCUAUUGUCGAAUGGAACUUUUUAUUUCCAACUGAUCUUCAACUUGAUAUCGAGUUCUGGGCACAAACAGGAGAGUUUGAUGACGAUGAGUUGCACGAGAUGUUUGUUCUGGACCAAGGUUUGUUCAGUAUACAUCCGAAGAAGGGCAAGCUAUUUGCUGGAGAAUCUCAAGUCGUCUCAUUGGCCUACAGCCAUUCAGCAGUUGGUGUUCAUCGACUACCCGUGCUUUUUAAAGUUUCCAGAGGCAGAGAAAUUCUGCUCAAUUUCAUCGGCCACACAGUGUCUCCAGAUGAACGAUAUCUUCAUUUUUCGAACACAAAGCACAUGUUUGACCCUAUACCGGUUGGGAAGAAGACCCCGCCCAUUCAGAUGUUUCCACUGCAUAAUGGUGGUGGACAGCCUGUCGAAUUUCAGCUAGAUGUCUCCCCAUUAGACGAAAUACAAGAGAAAAAUUGUGGAUGGAAGAUAUUUGAAUGUCUUAACCCAACAGGGAUUAUUAAUCCUGGUGAAACCAUAUUUAUUUCAUGGAUAUUCUCUCCUCUGGAAGCAAAAAUGUAUUCUGUUGAUGUUAUGAUUCAUGUAAUUGGAGGUGAGAGCAAUUUUGUUACAUUCACUGGAGUUGGUUACGAACAGUCAGUGAUGGGGCCUACUAUGAACUUAGCGGACCAGAACGAUGGUACACUUCCUAAAAAGCAACUUAUUCCCGUUGCAGAACAGUUGAUGUAUUUAUCAGAAGAGCGACUGUCAUUUGACAACGUACCUUUGUUGUCAGCGGUUAAACGUGUCCUGUUCUUGAAGAACGUGUCAACAACGUACGCGAUUUCAUUUCGAUGGCUGCUGGAGAAAUCCCCUGUUUCUGAAGUUAUCUCCAUUGAACCAGCGCAGGGAUACAUUGAGCCUUCGGAGUCUUCCAUUUGCAAGGUAACAUUUUUAUCAAAGGGGCCACCAGCCAUCUACGAUCUUGACUGUGUUUGCGAGGUGGUGAAUGAAACUCUGAUGGCAAAAUACAACAAAGAACUGGUUGAGUGGCACAGAAAACAAGAAGAAAAGAAGCUGCAUUUUACAAUAAAAGAAUCAGAUCUUGAAGCAGCUAACAAGCGACCUGGCUCGGGACCCAGUAAACUUAGAUCGAUUGAUGCAGUGUAUAAACUGAACAGAUCGGAUUCUGAUCUCAAGAAAUACGAUGCCCUGCCACCAAUCGGGCUGGAAACAAACUCUACCAUAAACGAUAGUGGAACUGAACAACACCCCUUACCACCUGAUACAUUUCCUGUUCAUAUGGGUGUCACUGCCAGGACGCAUUCAAUUGAAGAAUUUAGAUCAAAUUUCAUCAGCGUUGCAGACCAAUACAUCAUACAGAGCACUUCACAUGAUGCUAAAUUAACCAAAAGCAAUAAACCCGAGAAGAGGAAUUGCAGUAAAGAAGAGUACAACGUGAUGGCCAGCAUCAUGCCUCUCAUUCUUAUGGAUCUUUUGGAAGACAAAGACUUUGCGGUGGCUAUAAAGAAAAUUCGAGAUGAACCUGUACCAUAUUUUGGUAUGAUAACAGGGGAUGGCAGCGAUGAUGCUGAAGACUGUGAAAUGACAAUGGCUACAGUUGCGGCUGCAGUACCUAUGGAGCAAGAAAUGAAAUCUGAAAGUGAGCUGCCCCAUUUAGAGAAAAAAGAAGCUGAAGAAAAAUUGGACAAAGAAGAUGCACAGGGCAAGCUAGAGUUUGAAGAUAACGGAGAAAGAACAAGUUCAAUCGAGGACAAUAUGGCGGAGAACCAAAGAGCCAAAGCAAAUGAAACUGAUCGGCUGUUGAGAGAGAGGCAGACAUGGAAAGGAUCUGAAGAGUUCGCAAAAUUACUGGAUGAAGUGUUUGAGAACACCGUUUUCAAUCUUAUGACUGAAGCAAGCAACGGAGAGAUUAACUUAACAGCUAGGCCAAGACUCGUAGCACUUCCACCUAGUGCUAAGGGGAGCAGAAAGGCAUAAAUGAUUGAGAACUUACGCACAAGAACAAUCGUAUGUUAGGCCUGUUGCUGUGAAUUGUAACUAUUUGUAAUUAAGAUUUAUGUUGUAUUAUAUUUCCGUACACUUUGUACACUGUAUAAACAUGUUUUUGUGCCUUGUUCGAGGAGGAUGAUAACUUUUAUUGCUUAAAUGAUCCAUUUGAAAUCGUCCACUUUUAACCGUAUCUGUAUUGUUAUGUGGUAUUCAACUUAAUUGGAUGAUAUUUUAACAAAUGCUUUCAUCAAAGAUAAAUUUGCUAUUUCUUGUUUUGUACUUAGGAUGUUAUGGGUUUUUAUAGUAAUUCGAAGACAUUGACAGGCACUGCCUAGCGAUGAGAAAAGUGGGGUUCUAAAAAGGUGGGGGGGAGCUAAAAUCGAAUAAAAAGUGGCUUGACUGAUGAUUCAUUGGUAAUUUUUGCAUUUUGACAAAAUGUAGGGGGCUAUAGCCCCACAGCCCCUUCUCCGUGGUGAUACUUGUUUAGGACAAAUAAUAUCUGGGUACAUUAUUGCGGCUGUGGUUUGAGUAAAAAAAGUAACGUGAAGUGACAUCUUGACUAUGAUUGUGGGCACUCAACUUUUAGAGAACAAAACUUUGCUACUAUUUUACUAAAGUGUUGUACCGAUUGUG